CCAAUGUUUGUAUACAAAGAAACACCGGCACUAGUGGACCACAGUAGAGGCGCAAUAUUUUUUAGUUUUAUUUUUUUUGAAGCUCCGAGUUCCGAAUGAAAUUGUUUCACUUUGCGAAAGGAUGGGCGCGGAUCUCGAUCUUCUAGGAUUCACCAGGCAGACGGAGGCGUUGUUGCGCGGCGUCGGGGCCGAGAAUUUAGUGAAGGAAUGCAGAAGGAGGAACAUAUCGACGGACGCGUUGCACAAGUUGACCAAGGAGGAUUUUGUGCAACUUGGUGCUGAUGCAGAUCAGGCAGAAAAUGUAGUCAAGGCUCUAUGUAUUUCUAAGAAAAAAGAAUCCAGUGUGAAGGCGAAACCUCAUCAUAGAAUACUCGAUAAAGUGGAGAUACUGGAGAUAGGCGAGAGGCAGUUGAGUAUAAUUCAAGACUUUGUCAAGUACUGCAAGAUGAAGCUGAAGAAAGAGAGAAUCAACGUUUUCAUUGAUCCAGACAAGGCUCUGCGUGCUUCUCAAGUUUUGUGUGCGGCUGCUGACGCCGCUUUCAAAGAAAUCAACGAGGCUGAGUUGAAAUUGAAAGAGUUGGAAGCUAUGAUAGUUACGCUAUUUGCAAUAAUCGUCUUCGGCUGUAUAAGCAGCAAAGGCUAUAUCGCCCCGAAGGAAGGUGCGAAGGAGGUUUGUCUUUACAAUGGGGACAAUAAUGCGUGCAACUACGGGGUUGGCAUCGGCGUACUGGCGUUUCUGGCCAGUAUCGGAUUCCUCGCGGGUGAAUACCUGUUCGAACAAAUGUCGUCUGUCAAGACUAGGAAACAUUUUGUCCUCAUAGACCUGGGUUUUUCGGGUUUCUGGUCUUUCCUUUACUUCGUGGGAUUCUGUUACUUGACAAACGCAUGGAAUAACUCUGAAAGACCAAAGGACGGAUACGGCGUGAAUAAUGUACAAGCGGCUAUUGCAUUCUCAUUCUUCUCCAUCUUUACUUGGGCCGCUUGCGCUUGGUUCGCGUUUCAAAGAUUUAAGCAAGGUACCGACGCGGCGUUCGCACCGAGUUACGAGGCGGAUCCCGUCGGUGGUACAGGAUACACAAGCUAUCCCGACGCCACUGACACGGCUUAUCAGGAGCCGCCGUUCGGCCAGCAGCAACAGCGGGGUAUGGGUGACUUUCAAGCCCCAGCUUACUAAAAAGUCAUCCAUAGUCGAUACCAAAAUGUAUUUCCAUUGGAUGCGCAGCGAGCUACUUACGAAAGAAGAUGAUUUAGGAUAAUUUUUCAGAACAAGAUAUAUAUUGUUUUCCACCAUCUGUUUUGCUUAAAGACUAAAGAAGAACUUCAUUCGCUGAUAGGUCGCUGGGCAGCGCCGUUGGUCAUAGAGUAAGUUUUCAUGGCGGGAUGUAGAGGGAAGUUAUUUGUUAAACUGUGCUUCUUAUUGUUGACCACUUGUAAGUUAUCACUUAUCCAUACGCCCGAUGUCACAAAAAGGAAAAAAAAAAUUUUAAGCGUUAGGUGUGUUUGAAGUCGUAUACACGCCUGGACAUGCGUUGUAUCGACGACGUGGUGGCUACUGACCAUCCUAUGUGUGGGAAGUAAAUAUUAAUAUCAUAAUGAGUAACACUAUAUAUAUAUAUAUACUUAUAUAUAUAUAUAGUUAAACUCCAUAAAUAAGUAAGAACUAGUAACAUGCACACAGGCUAUGUAUAUUUUAACGUUGUAACGUGUUCAUGGUAAACGCGACUUAAAUAUAAACAAGUAAUACAAUGCGUUGCAUUAUUGUGCAAUUUAGUAUUAAACAAAAAAUAAACGUAUGUACACGAAGUCUAGGAUUUGAAAUGAGUAACUUUCGAAUAAGUCGACACUGCAGUGUUUUAAAAUAUUAUAGCGAGACAAUAUCUAAGUUACUUAAGUUACUUCGUCGUAUCGGUUGCAAGAUAAUGAGAUAUUCCCUACAGAAUAGCGUUAGCAAAAUAUAAUUGCACUUGUAAACCGUGAUGAAUAGAAAACCAAAGUUUUUAUUAUAUAUAAAUUCGUAUAUAUAUAUAUAUAUCUCUCCAAAUUAUAAUAGGCAUAACUUACACACAUAAAUUGCCCGCAGUGUUAAUAUAUUUGAGUCGCCCUAUAUUUAAUUCGUUAAUACGAUGAGAAAAGAUUUAUAAGUGUGAACACACAUCUCAAAGUUUAUUUUUAUUUAAUUUUUAUAUUUAAUGAUUCUUUACUUUGUAAGUAUUUAUGAUAUCUCAGGAACAUGUUUUCAGUUAUUCAGAUUAUAUUUAUUUAAUUUAUAUUUUAUUAUUUAUUACGCGAGGUGUAAAUUUCAAUGUGUAUGUUGAAAAAAAAUCCAUUACGAAAGGUGUAUGAAAUUAUUUUGAUUUAUAAUAAUGAACGUUAACGGAAAAAUAUAUAAUUUUGUGUUUGAUCCUGGAGGCACGUGUAUCGUCGAAAGAAAACAGCAAUCUCGAAUUGAUUAAUUGAAGUAGAGCGGAGUAUAAAAGAAGAGUAUUAUACGUGUACUUAUACGACAUCAUUUUAAAUUUGUGCUUCAAAGCAUUUAUUUUUAAAUGUUCUUUUAUCGUAUGCUGUAUCAAACAAUGUGAACGUCGUUAGGAACGUAUGCAGUAAUUUAGUAGUCUGAAAAAUACUCGAGAGAAUUAUACAUUCUAGGCAUAUAUGCGAUAAAACUGUACAGUUGAGUGUAAGAUAUAUUCUUUGAUUUCCGAUUGCGUAGAGAGACGAUGAUUUUUAUAGAUAAUUUACGUUCGUAGUUCUCCGGUCUCUUUCUCUCGGUAUAUCCGAGUUUGCAUAAUUCUCUUGAAGAGAAUACACGAUAAGGUCCCCCGAUAAUUUUGGAAAGCAUAGUUUGUGUAAAAUAUUAUUACGUGAAGUGCAAUAAUAAUCAUUAUAUGUAUUCCCGAUAGUUCUGAAAAUGCCAUCCCUUUGAAUGAUGCAUGGAUCAAUUGAUGAGAAAAAUAGUUUUUCGACAUUUAGUUGCACCAGUUCUUUUUUUUUUUGUGCAUUUUUUCCUCUAUGAUCCAUUUCGUUUGGACGCACACAUUCAAGGGGUUGGAUUUUUAGAUGUUCUUCUCAAAAUUGAUCUCUCUCACCUCUUUGAAAAUCUUAGCCCUUCUAAGUGCAUAUAGCUAAUAACUCACCCAAUUGUCGACUAGCACUGGUGUGACGCACACAGCUCAUGUCCAUCGAGAAGGAUUGAAGGGCAAUAACGAACACACAAGUCGAAAAGUGUAAUUAUCCUAUAAGAGAGAAACAACGUGAUUCGGUGGUAAUUUCGCCUGUGAGAUCGGAAGAAGCGCAGGAGAAUAAAUCGCGCGUACUCGACAUCAGAAUGUAAAACUAUCAGAAAAAAAAGUGUCUACUACAACAAAAGCUGUAAAGGAAUAAAAACGUGUAUUGAGAUGUGGGUAUCGAUAACUAAA